UGCACUUCAGCAACCUUUUGCACCAAAUGGCCCCGCCUUGCGCAACAGUUCCAAGGCCCUGAAAUUUGUUGACCAAAAUUUCCACGGAAUCUACACCGGUAUGGCGGCACAAAUUCGCGCUGUGGUCUCAGCCCAGUGGCUAGCGGACGCAUUUCAAAACGGUCUCGUGGGCUCCAAGAUUCGAGUCCUGGACUCGUCAUGGUACCUGCCGGUAACCAAACGGGACCCGAAAGCGGAGUUCGCGGAGAGGCACAUCCCGGGCUCUUCGUUUUUCGACAUAGUCGAGUGCAGUGACCAGAGCUCACCUCUUUGCCACACGCUCCCCACGAGCAGCCACUUUUCACGCUACGUGAGCGAGCUGGGCAUCGGCAACGACACGCAUGUGGUGGUUUACGACGCGCACGAGUUCGGCUUGUACACCGCGCCCCGAGUCUGGUGGAUGUUCCGAUUGUUCGGACACGACUCGGUGUCGGUGCUGGACGGGGGCAUGAAGAACUGGUUGGCCGAAGGGCGCCCGGUGACGUCAGAGCAAGUGAAGCCGGAGCGCAAAGACUUCAAGGUGUCCACGAACAACACGGCGUGGGUGAAGACUUAUGAGGACGUGCUGGAGAACAUCAGCACCGAGAAGAUCCAGGUGGUGGACACCAGGCCUAAGGGCAGGUACAGGGGGGUCGAACCGGAGCCCAUAGAGGGGACUCUACCUGGCCACUUCCCCGGUGCAAUCAACUUGCCAUUUACCUCCUUCCUGGAAUCCUCAGGGAAGUUUCUGGCCAAUGAGGACCUGUCCAGACGAUUCAGGGAAACCAAACUCAGAUUGGGCCAGCCGAUGUGGGCCACCUGCUCUUGUGGCGUGACGGCAUGCUUUGCUGUUCUGGUUGCUCAGUGGCUCGGACACCCGGGCGUGUGCGUUUAUGACGGCUCUUGGUCCGAGUGGUUUAAAAGAGCAUCUCCUGAAAACGUCAUCUCAGAGGGAGAGGGAAAGAAAAUGUGAGACAGGCGACUAGGUCAGAGGGGGCUCGAGUCAGUGUUAGCAGUAAAGAGAGAUGCAUGUUACAAGUUAUUAUUUCGAACUGCAUUCGUGCUUUCUAGCAGUUUAUGAUUUAAUCGAUGCACACUUUAGUUGUUACUCAAGCAAUGUUAAUACUUGAACGUUGUCACAGUAUGCAGAAACAUGCAAUGGGCCACAGUCCCUCACUAAGCAUGUCAUCUAUUUCAGACUACAGCAUACAUUACAGUACAAUAAAUGUUUAUGGUACAAAGCAAUCUGUGCUUUGAAGCACAUUGUGUUGCUUGGGGUAUAAAAUUUUUCUAUCAAAUUUCCUUGUCUUUCUUUUAAAAUAAGAUGAUUAGUCAUGCAUGAAAUGUAUUCUGGUUUCAGUUUUCUUGUAGGAUUCCAUUAAAACCAUCAUACUCAUUUGUUCUCAUUCAUUAAACAGUUCAGAAAAGUAAA